UUGGAAGUCUUGUGUCAAAGCUGGCGGAGGUCGCAAGGUGUCGCUUCUGCAAUGUGCAACGUCUCUCUACGGCAUUUUCUCGGGCUCGUUCUCUUCGGGAUCUUGUUAAUAAUUGGAUACGCGCUUCGAAGUGCAGAUCCAGCCCACUUCAUUUCAAAACCUGCUUCUUUGUCUCUGCGAUAUGAGGGCGUUCGAGACACGCUGGGACGUACAUUCAUAGGCUUAAAUUAUGACGAAGAGGAAAAAAACGAAUGGAAAGCAAUGCCAGACGAACGAAACGGCCAACUGCCCCAAGAGCGCUGGCCUGAGUUGGACCUCAGCAUGCCGACUGCGUCCUUGUGGCCUUCAGAUCCUGCCUGCUCUAAGUACAACGUUUCCUUUGCUCGUAAUCACACUGAAACUUUCCUGGUGUCGUUCCCUCGAUCUGGCAACACCUGGCUGCGCUACCUGACGGAGGGGGCGUCGGGCGUGGCUACGGGCGCCGUCUAUGCAAAGGAAAAACUCUACCACUUUGAGAUGACAAGCGACAUGAAGAAACUGAGAGGGAAAGUCAUUCUCACAAAAACGCAUUUCAGCAACAGACGCACAGUACCAGACGCAGCCCCUGUUAUAUUGCUGCUGAGAAAUCCUGCCAAAUGUAUAGUUUCCUUCUACAAUUUUUUGAGAAGCCCUUGGAAAAGAAGGUGGUUUCACAAUGUGAGCUACGAAUCCUAUUUUCAAGAGAGAUUUGUCAGCUUUACAAACCGUCAACUUCUUGCAUGGAGAAAGCUGGCCAAGGACCGCCUGCUGUAUUCCCGUCGGAUUCUGGUGAUCCCGUACGAGGAGCUGAGGGAGGACCCGAUGGCGCAGGUGCGGAGGACGCUCGCGUUCCUGGGCGUCCCGGCGGAUGAGGCUCGCCUGGCUUGUCUCCAGAACCACCUGCAAGGGCCAGGCUUGGGACUGCAGAGACAGGUCGACCCAUACUCGCCUGAGCAGAAACGUGCGAUCGCGGAGGCCAUAGCUUAUGUCUCUGAACUUCUUCGGAAACGGGACUUCCCUCCUCUGCCGGCCUAUAACUAGUUGAUCUCCCGAUGAUUGAGAGAUAAAGAUAUACACAUUUACUUUUCACUCAC